GGGCACAUGGUGAUUCUAAUCAUAAUUGACACCAGUGCAGUUAUAGCUUGACAGUCAAGGUCGAUAGGUAUGUGACGCAUUCAACGCUGCCGAUGUGGAAGUCCUGGAAGGACGUUACCAUCUCUUAUACCCUCAUGUCCUCGUCCGCCGGACAGCCUGUACAAUUUGAGGACGUCGUCGAAUACCGCUCUAAGAAUGACCUCCCGACCUCCAAGCGAAGCCGAAUAGUCGGCAUAGAUACCCUUCUUCCCUCCUCAAUUGUGCCUAGGCCUGCAGGAACCACAGCAUCCUCCGAGAGAGCCGCAGAGACUUGCUUUAAAUGGAGAGGCAAGGGCUGGUUGCUCAUCGCGUCCUCUCGCUGGCAUAUUCUCGGCUGCAGCGCCACAGCCCACCCCGCGGACUCCCCCUCUGGCAGGCCAGAGUGGGCGCUUACCUCCUUCGAGAAGACCGCCUUUACACCUGCGGGCUUGGAUAUAUACUCCCGCACGCCCGAGGGCCUUCCUGCGAUGCUGCUUGAGGAGAUUAUACACAGGGCAAAAGCAUUAGGCGGCGAUGUUGGCAAGCUGGCUGAACAGUUCUUUGAAGUCGGGCGAAGCGCGUCGUAGCACGGUCGGUUCUCGUCAUGAUCGUCGCAUCCCUUGACUCUCCAUUCGCGUUACAGCCCGCUUCCUGGUCGUAGCUAUAGACGUCCCUAGACUUGCCGGGGGAAUUUUGACCUAGUGUAACAUGCCCAUCAUCCUUGUCAUACCCAUCAUAGGCAUCGCCGGUUUUUCUGCUCGUGUCAGUACAGAUAAUCACAGAUUGCCAUUCAAAAAGUGCCCCUGGUUGCCUGUUGCUGAG